ACGCCAGUCCUCGUGUGCCGUUUGAACCGCGUGGUGGAUCUGUCAAACAGGUCUAGAAAUAUAACAAAAUCCACGAACAAAAAUCCUAAAGGGAAAUUCAAAGAAUUACCCUAAACAAUAAUAGAUAAACUAUCAAAAAGACCUUGAAAUAUAAUCUGCAAACUACUCAAUAAUAAUCCCUAACUAUUAGUCCCUGAAGUGUGUGAUGUGUCAGUGAUUUGAUUCUUAUAUUUUUGGUAAAAGUGGUCAAUGACAUGCAGAGGUUUGAAAAAGUGACAAGGAUUAAGAUAGUGUUUGGUUCUCUGAAGAAGUGUUCGGGGUUGUAUUUAUAGUACUAAGAAAACUAACUACAACAAGGAGUCGCUAUUAAUUCUAAGGAUGCACUCCUAACACUAAUUAUGAAUUCCGACUCCUGAAAAUGUAUAGCGGAUUUAACAUCCUAAAAUCAGCAGCGAGCGGAUUUUACCGCGGGGAUUAUAUAAAAACCAACCCCUGUAAAUUGACUAGAUAGGAAGAAUCUCCUAAGUUUAAGAUGACGGAAUUGGCAAAGGAGGCCUUCGCCUCUAGAAACUAUUGUUUGGCUGUGGAAAUGUAUGAAAGGUGCCUAAAGCAACAGGCUCCAAGUUUUGACGUCCUCUUUGGCUACGGGGAUUCCCUCGCGAGAUGUGGUAGGUUAAGAGACUCAAUUGACAUCUACUCGAGAUGCCUGGCUUUGGGAAAUGUUCCCUUAGAGAGGCUUCGACAUCUUGUCGGGUCCCUUUUGGAAGACCUUGGUGAGUCGUCUCUAGGGUCAAGGAGAAGGACGAAUGAUUCAUUCGCAUGUCCAUUUUGCGAAGGGACCUUGUACCAACCAAUCACAACUAACUGUGGUCAUACCUUCUGCAAAAACUGUCUCGAGCCCGCCAAAAAUUGUCGCGUGUGCGGACAGAAAGUUGAUGAAGUGGGGGAAACUAAUGUGCUAGUGCAGAGGCUUGUUGAAAAGUGGUGGCCAAGGGAAGCAGAAGCCAGUAGGGCGAGACACGAGGGCGACCUUCUCUUAGGGGAGGGUCGCAUGGGUCAAGCACUUGAGAGAUACAACCUUGCUGUCCACCUUGCACCAAACAGUCCGCUGCAUCUCAGCAACAGGGCACAAGCCUUACUUUUGCUAAAUAGGCCACAAGCCUCCCUCACUGACGCCGAUCAUGCUGUUCGAUUGCGACCAGACUGGGGCAAGGGUCAUUAUAGGAGAGGGCUAGCUUUGUCGGCAUUAGGAAGGCACGAGGAGGCAGUUUUUGCUCUUUGUACGAGUGCGGCGAUUGACAAAAAUCCACAAAAUGUUCGCCAUGAACUAACGAGGGCGCUCCAUAGAGCAUUAUCACCAAAUUUAAGAAGAAAAACAAACGCUUUUAUUUUAACCCCAUACAACUCAGUGGAGAAUUCUAUCCGUACAAAAAGAAAACGUCACCAUUUAUUGCUGCCCUUAAUGAGUUCGAGUCAUAGACAUCGAAGAGCAGCACUAAACACUUCCGAUUGUGAAGAUAAUAGUAGUGGAGGAGAGGAAGAAUUUACUCAGACAAUUUGUCGAUCGCCUUUAUCCAGUAUGACGCCACAAGACAAUGUGAAAUUGCACGCAACUUUGGACAGGGUAUUUCAAGAGGUCGAAAAGUUGAAAAGAUUGGAAUCGCGACCUGCAGAAAUUCUCUUACCACCCCUUUCUGGUGGCGCAACCAGUGAAUUGGACUGCAUUCUUUGCUGCAGGCUAUUAUGGAAACCUGUCACGACACCUUGUGGACAUACUUACUGCUGGAUGUGUUUAGACCGUUGUCUGGAUUACUCCUCCUCCUGCCCCCUUUGUGUCACUUCUCUUUCCGAUUACCUGGCGAGCAGCCAAAAGACUGUGACGGACUUUGUGGAGAGGGCUCUAAAGAUCGUGGCGCCAAAAGAAUACACUUCGAGGGCGGCGAGUCAUCGACACGAGCUGGUUCAAGGCCUCGGUCUUCUGGGAAGUGAAGAGAUCGCCGUCUUCGUCUGCACAACUGCAUUCCCAUGCGUUGCAUGUCCCCUCUUCGUGUACGAGCCGAGGUACAGACUGAUGGUGAGAAGAUGCGUCGAGAGUGGCGUCCGCCAAUUCGCCAUCGCGGCGUGCCUCAACAGAGAAGCCACGGGUGCCAAAAGGUAUGCUGAAUUUGGCACUAUGUUGGAAAUUCGAGAUCGAGUCUUAUUGAAAGAUGGGUGCAGUAUUUUGAGUACAGUGGGUGCCAGGAGGUUCAGAGUUUUAUCUGGAGGAGAAAAAGAUGGUUACGAUACCGCCCGAGUGGAGUUCUUGAGAGACUCGCCUGUUCAGCCAGAUCAAGUGCUCAAUAUUUUAGAACUUCAUGAUAAGGUUCGAUCGAAAAGUAGAAGAUGGUGGGACACAGUACCAUCGACGCAGCAAUCAGAGAUCCAACGAGUAUUUGGAAGAAUGCCAGAAACGGAAGAUGAUUGGCUGCGCUUACCAGAUGGACCAUCCUGGACCUGGUGGUUAUUAGCCAUUUUACCACUAGGACCUCAACUUCAGGUUGGAAUUCUGGGUACGACGAGACUUGAAAAACGUCUGAGAGCAAUCGAAAAAACCCUGGAUCAUAUGGAACAAAGACAAUUAACAGUGACUCCAGCAACUUCCGAAGAAACAACAACAUCCUCCAGCAUUUGCAGAGAUGAUGCCAUGAAUGAAAGCACCGUUUCCAUGGUUCAACAAUCCUAGGGUUGGCUCUCAAAACUCAUUCAGUCGACUUUCCAUCAAUCGAUCGACAAAUUUCUCAAAAAAUUUCUUCAACAAAGUCUGAUCAAUCUAUAAGCAAAAGCACAUACACACACUUCACAUUAAUCUACUUUCAUUGAAUCGAUUUCCUUCUCUCAAAUGCGCUUCAACUUUCCACUGAUUCAAAUCUGUUCUUCCAGAAUUAUACAUAUGUAUGAUAAUUACAUUUAAUGAUUAACGAUAUUUAUAAAUUGUAAGAAAAUUGGCAAUUUAUUAUAUCAUUCAAUGGUAAACCAGUGUUCGAAAGAAAACCGUUGUUUCAAAAAAUCACCGUUACACUUUUCUCAACCAAUAUAUAUUUGACCCAUGAAGCAAUACAAUGUUCUGUUCUAAAUUCAAUUAAAAAUUGCAAUUUAGGUGUGAAAAUGCAACAAUGGUUAUUUUUCAGAACACUGGAACAAACUAGUAUGCAUAAUGUUUCAAUUUUAUAGUGACGUAUAAAGUUGCAAAAAAGAGUGACAGUAAGGCUUUUAAAACAGCUUGGGGUUUCACCACUUACAUAAUGCGUCUACGAGGAUGCAUUGUUAAAUGUAAUAUUUUAACCGUCCUAAGUCGGCACAGUAAAAGUUCUUUUUCUAAAACACAGGUUAAAGCAAAAUAAUCCUUAGUCGGCACAGUAAUGAUUUCGAUCUAAACAUAAGGUAAAGUAAAGUGUUCCUAAGUCGGAACAGUAAGAUUUUUUCUCUAAAACAGAGGGUAAAGUAAAGUGGUCCUAAUUCAGCACAGUAAGAUUUUUUUUUCUAAAACACAGGGUAAAGCAAAAUAAUCCUUAGUCGACACAGUAAUGAUUUCAGUCUAACCAGAAGGUAAAUUAAAGUGGUCCUAAGUCGGCACAGUAAUAUUUUUUCUCUAAAAUAGAGGGUAAAGUAAAGUGGUCCUAAUUCGGCACAGUUAGAUUUUUUUUCUAAAACACAGGGUAAAGCAAAAUAAUCCUUAGUCGGCACAGUAAUGAUUUCGAUCUAAACAUAAGGUAAAGUAAAGUGGUCCUAAGUCGGAACAGUAAGAUUUUUUCUCUAGAACAGAGGGUAAAGUAAAGUGGUCCUAAUUCGGCACAGUAAGAUUUUUUUUUCUAAAACACAGGGUAAAGCAAAAUAAUCCUUAGUCGGCACAGUAAUGAUUUCAGUCUAACCAGAAGGUAAAUUA